CAACCAGUUCAGGGUGUACCCCGCCUCCUGCCCGAUGAUAGCUGGGAUAGGCUCCAGCACUCCCGCGACCCCUGUGAGGAUAAGCGGCUCAGAAAAUGGAUGGAUGGAUGAUAUUAGAACUAAGAGAUAUGAUGAAUGUGUUGCAACAGAUUUUGUCACUGUUGUCAAAUAUUUUGGCUUAGAUGGGAUUCUGAAUGAAUUGGCUAUAUAAGAAGAUAAAAUUAAUACCUAACUUAAUAAUUAACAGGACAGGAAUACAAAAUAUAAAAUAAAAAAAUUAAAGGUCUCCAUUCUCCGACAAAUGCACACACACACACAUGCGUGUCAUAUGAAUAUAGUAUAUGAAUAAUUUCCGUAUCGUUUAUCCUCACUUGGGUCUCGGAUGUGUUGGCUCAGCUGACCUUGGGCGAGAGGUAGGGUGCACCCUGAACUGGUCGCCAGCCAAUCGCAGGGCACAUAUAGACAAUCAUUCACACUCAGAUGCACAACUAAGUGCAAUUUAGAGUCUUCAAUCAUGCAUUAUUUUAGAAUGUGGGAGGAAACAGGAGCACCCGGAGAAAACCCACGCAGCAUGGGGAGAACAUGCAAACUCCACUCAGUCCUAACCAGUCGCCUACCGUGCCGCCAUAUACGGAUCAAUUACUGUUAUUAUAAACAUUCUUUUCACAGUUCUGUAACCUGAUUCAUUCACAUUUCUGUUGAGAAUAAUAAUCUAAGCAAAUAAGCGUAGGCCUAGCAGUAGUUUUAAUCAUUAUCUGUUGAAUUCACCCAAAAACACUGUCAAUAUUGUAAUAAUUGUUUUAUAAUAUAUUAUUAGGUUUGAUUAUUAUUACAGUAGAAUCAAAAUGAGGACUCCUUGCAGCCUCGAACGUGUGCAUAUAGCAGAUGGCGUGCUCAUGAUGCUAUGUAGAGAAAGGACAAAUGCUACGUAAUCAGACACGCGUUGCUCUUAAAAAUAAGACUUCCAGUAUGUAGUUAUGAAAUCAAUACACUGGUAGGUUAACAUAUGCGCAUUUUGUUGUAGUAUGUCUUUAUAGUAUGAUUAUUUGUAAUCUCCACCGCUUCGAAGCUACGUUCACGUUUGAUACCUGGUACAUUUAGUUAGCCAUUGUAAGUUUUAUUUUGAAAGGCAUGCUGUUCUAGUUUCAGCGUUAACAGCGUCUGAAGAGAUGGUCUUGGCAGCGCAUGCGCGAAGGCUGAUUGGGCUUUAAUUCUCGAAUGCAAACCUCUUGCACUCUUUCAGGUCUGUUUUGUUCUGCAGGAUUCGGUGGUGAAUUAAUUUCCGUUUUUUAUUCCAUUAUUUUUAAUUGGUGGAUAAUUUAUAGUGCUUAUUGGAAGGUUUCUGUAGCACAACCGGACCUUUUUUGACAGUCGUGGUCUCUUGAGAAAACUCGAAGUUCGGAUGUGGCAAGCAAACUGCCGACGAAUGCAUCAUUUAGCAGAUUGGAUCUCAGGUACAGUGAUGGGGGGCUGCGUGGGGAGGAGGAGCAGGAGCGACGGCCACGGGAGUGUCCGUAGCUUGACAAGGGGCAAAAAACGUGGAGGACGGAACGAACCUCUCAAGAAGGAGCGUCCCAAGUGGAAAAGUGAGUAUCCGAUGACCGAGGGCCAGCUCAGGAGCAAGCGGGACGAGUUUUGGGACACGGCUCCGGCUUUUGAUGGACGCAAAGAGAUCUGGGACGCGCUACGAGCGGCAGCCCUGGCCGCCGAGCGCAAUGACCUGGAGCUAGCGCAGGCCAUCGUGGACGGAGCCUGCAUCACUCUGCCUCAUGGCACUCUCAUGGAGAGUUACGAUGAGCUGGGUAACCGCUACCAGCUUCCAGCAUACACUUUGGUACCGCCAGUCAACCUGAUCAAUGAAACGUGCAGCGAGAGCAAAGUCUGUGAAUCCACACAAAAGCAAAUGCAGCCGCCUCCUUGCAGGCAAGAGUUCCAGCUGCGUGUGCGACUGUCCUCAGGCGAGGAUGUGCGUCUGAUAGCCAGCUUGGCUGACUCCGUCGGCGAGCUGAAGAAGCAGCUGGAGGAUCAGGAGGCCAUCGACGUGUGCCACCAGAGGUGGUUCUUCUCUGGGAAACUCCUCACUGACAAGACUCAGCUGCAGGAUGCUAAAAUCCAGAAAGACUUUGUUGUCCAAGUCAUCGUCAACAAGAAGCCUCCACUUAUAGCCAACUGAGAGGGGUGCAAUGAUUGGGGGAAGUCGCCAAAGAGAAAGAUCGAGAGUGGGAGAGACAAAGAGAGAGAAGCUUAGCUUGAAAGGUUUAUGCACUGGAACCUUCUGUACAAUUUUCUAUAAGAGUAUUGCUUUUAUAAUGUUCCUGUUUGUAUUUGUUCUCCCUCUUUUUCCAAAUAAUAAUCCUAAAUAAGCACUGAAACACUUUAGAGCAGGGGCGGUCAACCUACGGCCUGUGGGCCACACUGUAUACAAAAGCCAAGAGCACUUCAACCCUCCAAUGCCCAUAACAUAAUCAUAAACUUGGUUGCAUCAUAAUCUGUUUUCAUUAAUUUAGUAUGGCCCUCAGAGGACUUUACAAAAACUGAAAUGGUCCUUGAUAGGGCAGAGGUUUUCCACCCCUAUGUUAGAUGAAAAGCAAUACCCCAAAAUGCACAUCCCUAUUUGCGUAAGUGAACGUCUGAUUUUCACCUCCACUGGUGACAACCCUCUUUGUUUUGUGUGUUUGUCUUUGUUCUCAGUGGCAAACUCAAUAAUGUUUGCUCAAGGGUCCAAAUAUAGAAAAUCCAUUCUCUCAUUGUUUUUCAUGUGUAAUUUGAGAGGUUAACAGGGAGUGGGAAGAUAAAUAUAAAUAUUUGUAUCUUUGUGUGUUGUUUGGUCAAUUGACUUUGUGCUCAGUCGUUGUUAUUCUAUGACUGUUUCCCAAAUAAAGAC